AUGCUGGCAUCAGAAUUACCUGUCGAAAUUACGCUAUCUAUUGCAGAAUUUCUUGAACUCGAGGAUAAAAUUCAGUGCUGUCUGGUUUGCAAAGACUGGCUUCCGGCUUUUCAGGAAUCGCUUUUUAAACAAGUAUUUGUUAAGAACAGAUGCGGUGUCAGGACCUUGGUUGAUACAAACAGUUCGGCAAACAGACUUCUUCAAAGAUAUGGUCAUAGAACUGGAACUCUUGACAUCCGUAAUAAUAACCUAGAUGAGCGGCAGCUUUAUAGCUUGCAACAACAUCUUCCAUACAUAAGGUGCUUCAAUUGGGCUUAUACAAGUGUCUGCCAACUUCAGUCUAUCAAUUUCUGUGGCUGGACUUUGUGGGCGGAAUGUCUCACAUCUCUCAAGAUAACCUCAAGAAGCGAUGAUUUAAUUGAAAUACGACACACCUUAAAUUUAAUAUGCUCGAAUCUACACCAGCUGAAACGGCUAUACUUUCAUACGUCAAAUACAGACUCUUUUACAUACACGUUUGAUGAUCUUGAGCUCCUUAAUGACCAACUACCCGAAUUGACGUACAUCUCACUCAGUGCUCAUCUGGAUGAUAUGAGUCCAGACGAGCUAUUGCAAAUUAAAAACGUGAAAUCCAGGCCCUGUUUUAAAACAUUGGAAAUAGAUAUAGAAAAAUAUACGUGUGAAUGGAUGUACUACAUUGCUGCCAAGUAUCCAAAUAUCAGUACUAUUAAAACCAUAUAUUUUCAACGGCCCACUGGUGUCGAUCCUCCGACUUCUCAGGCACUGACAUUGCUUGCCGAACUUCCGCGUCCCCUGCAACAAUUGGAGAGCAUUUCUAUGUCUGUAAAAGCCACUUGUACAUACAUGUAUCGUGAUUUUGUAAACAAGCUUCGUGUUUUUGAUAUUCCAGUCAAGAAUAUCGAGCUAUGUGUCAGCUUUGGAUGGGCCCUCAACAACUCACCAACAGACUGUGCGCCGCUAACAGCAGAUCCAUGGGCAAAUACAUUGGAAAAAAUCUCGAUUACAUACUUUAGAGGCUGCUCAAAUCUUUUUAAUUUUUGCAAUGGCGUUGACUAUUAUCCUCGCCUAGUUGACCUUGAUAUCGACGUCUUUGGAGUCAGCGUCUUACUGAAUAUCGUCUUUGCAAGUUGCCCGUCGUUAAAGACCAUUAAAUUUACUGGCGGUACACUUUUACACAAGUCAAACUCAUCUACUACUUUAAUUAGCCAUGAACUGCGGGAUAUAUCACUUCUGAAUGCGAGUGUUUUUACCAAGACACUCACCUAUAUUUCCAUGCUCUGCAAUAAUUUGAAAAACAUGCUACUAGAUCGCGUAAAUAUAAUAGAAUCAGAAAGGGGUAUAAAUGAAAAGAGCUGUAUCGAUAUGUCAUCAACCCACUUUACAAAGUUUCAUAUUAGAAGUGUUCUAUAUGAUAUCUGCGAUGAACAUUGUAAAGUUGAGAUAUUUCUUUUUCCUUCAUCAGUGGAGAAGAUAGAGAAAACAAUAUGUCGUCCUCAAAUUCCUACAGAAGACGUGUGGGCGUGUUUCUGGGCCGAACCUGGGCCUGAUUGUAGAUUAGUCUAUUUAUGCUCACAGAAGAUAGGUGAAGAAGCAGAGAAGAUUGACAGAUAUUUCCGUACUUUCUCCUAUAAGCCUCACCAACAAUAUAGCAAAGACCAGUGUCAGGAACUUGUGAAGCAACUGUCAUUAAACAGUUGGGAAGAUGUACUUUAUUGUGGUUAUGUUACUUUUAAAUACGGCUCUGUAAAAAAUCUUGUACUUGGUGCCUAA